AUGGCAGUCCCUGCGGAUGAGAAAAAUCGCGACUCGCUCAGCCAGCCUCAGAUUGGCGAGACUGGUAUGCUCUCUGACGCACAGGAACAGCACUUCAAGGAUGGCAUUUCGGACGAGGAAGAGGUCAGGUGUCCGUCACACACGACCGAUCUCCGGCUUCUAACCAAGAUUGACCUUCAUGUCGUUCCGUUCCUUUGUGUCAUGUACUUGCUGGCUUUUCUUGAUAGAGUCAAUAUCGCCAAUGCUAGGAUUUUCGACCUUGAGACGGACCUUGGCAUCAAAGAUGAUCCCUCAAAGUUUAACACGGCCAUUGUCGUCUUCUUCGUGCCAUAUGUCUUGUUUGAGAUUCCGUCCAACAUACUCCUCAAGAAAUUCAAGCCGUCUACGUGGCUCUCCUUGAACAUGUUUCUGUUUGGCUUCACCACGAUGAUGCAGGGGCUGGUUCGAAACUAUGCCGGCUUGCUGACAACUCGAUUUUUCCUCGGAUUGUUUGAAACAGGCAUGUUUCCCGGUGCAUUCUACUUGAUUGGCAUGUGGUACCGCCGGCAUGAAGCCCAACGACGAUACUCCUUCUUCUUUAAUAGCACAACCCUGGCCGGCGCCUUUGGCGGGCUGCUUGCUGCCGCCAUUGGUAAGAUGAGUGGAAUGCGUGGUUAUAGCGGGUGGCGCUGGAUUUUCAUCAUCGAAGGCGGCCUUACUGUGCUCGUCAGCUUCUUUUUCUACUUUUGGCUCCCCAACUUCCCUGAGCAAGCAAAGUGGCUCAAGGAUGAUGAGCGCGAGUAUGUCGCUGCCAGGCUCCGCCUCGACCAAGGCAAAGCUGGAUUGGACCGCAAGAUCACCUUGCGUGAUGUCGGAAACAUCUUUAAAGACUACAAGGUCAUCGUUGGUGGCUUCAUGUACUUUGGUCUUAUUGUCCCGGCCUAUGGUUAUGCAUACUUUGCGCCGACGAUUUUGAACGGUUAUGGCUACAGCAAAAUUGAGACUCAGCUGCGCAGUGUACCCCCGUGGGUUGCUGCGUUUGGUUUCUCAAUGAUGUGCGCUUACGCCUCGGACAAGAUACGACAUCGAGCCCUCUUCGCUGUGGUCCCCAUUGGCAUUGCCAUCUCGGGAUUCGCCAUCCUUCUCACCGUCCACACAAACCUGGAUGCGCAGUAUGCUGCUCUUUUCCUAGCUGCUAUGGGCGCCUACACGGCAAUGCCUAUCAUCGUCUGCUGGUUCAAUAUGAACUUGGGUGGCCACCACCGACGAGCCGUUGGGAGCGCCUGGCAAGUUGGCUUCGGUAACCUAGGUGGCAUUAUUGCUGCUUUUGCGUUUAAGCAAGACUCGGGCGCCAAAGGGGUCCAAGACUAUAGCCUUGGUUACUCUUUAUGUAUCGCAUUCUGCUGUGUCUCUGUUGUGGCUUGCGUCGUGUACGCGUUUGCCUGCUGGAAGGCAAACAAUGACCGUCAAAAUGGUAAACAAAACGUGGACCAUCUGUCAGAAGAAGAGAAACUGGCUCUGGGCGAUAUGAACCCCAAAUACCGCUAUCUGUUAUAG